AUGGCCCGCGUGGCUGGCCGAAGCCUUGUGCCAGUGUUGCUCACAGUGGUGGUCUACCAGACACUGGACCUAUGCUUUUCAAGAAUCUCCAGUACACGGACCUUGGAGACGGAGCCGCCGCCCACGUCUGAGGCUCCUGCGGCCACAGCCUGGCUCCGUGCUGCGCGACGCACCGCCGAAGGCAAGAGGGACAGCGGCGCUCAUUGGACCGCGGCCUGGGAGUCCACCGAGGCCUGGUGGUUGCGGCCGGUGGCCUUGUUGGUCACCGCGCUCUUCACGUCGGUGGCCAUCGUCCAGCAACUGCCCGGCGCCUACCUCAGGGCCAUCGUGGCAAAGAAACCCAAGGUGACUGAGCUUCGCCCUGGUGAGAUGGUCUUUCAGGAGCGGCCCAUGACCAUGGAGAUGCGUCGGGAGAUGCGUGUGCGGAAGUGCUUGAGCGCCUUCCAACGCAUGGAGCUUCCCCUCUUCGGCACCUCCGCCAGCUGGUCCGAGAAGGACUCCGGUGUGUUGGUCUCCGUGAAUCCGCGCACCACGGCCGUGCUGGAGGAUUGGCCCGGCCACGUGGACUUCUUGAAGGACACGGUUGACCAGGCGCUGGAUGCGGAAUCGCUCAACGAGAAGGAGACGGUCUUGCAUCUCCUGCGCCAGGAGGACGACUCCUAUCAGCUGCUGGUGCGCUUCGUCACCCCGAGUUCCGAGUCCAGUCCAUUCGACGGCAUGAGCGCGUUGAUGUCUCUGGGUCUCGUUUACCUCGCCACUCAGUGGGACUCCGCCCUGCGCGCCACCUCCAGCGACGACCUUGCCGUUUUGGCCUUGGCGCUGCUGCCGGUGCUGCUCUCAGAGCUCGCGCGCGAGCUCACGGCGCGGGCACAAUCGGUGAAGAUGGCGAACAGGACCUUUCUACCUUCACCGCAGCUGAGCCUCUUGGGCACCUUCUGCACCCCCUCCACGGCCUCGCCCAACAAAACGGCGCAGCUGCAGUUGGCCUUGAGCGCUCCCCUCACACUGGCCACGCUCGCGCUCCUCCUGGGCGCGCUGGACCGAUGCCGAUGCCGAGCGCGACAGGUCGAUACCAAGGUCGACCGGAGUAAGGCGAUGAAGCUCACUCCAGCUGAUGCUUGUGCACUUCAAAAGGCAUUGAGGGACAACCACAGUUUGAGUGGUGACAUGAAGCAGAUGAUUGAAACUGUCAUCGACACCAACUUGGUCAGCAAGCAGGCUCACACUGCUUCAUCAUCAGGAUCUACACCAGAUGCAUCUAUGACAACCUUCAUGGAGAUGGCUUCUGGCUUUAUGAAGAUGAUGGCCAACAUGACACAGAACAAGUCCUCUGGAACCUUGUCCAACUUGGUCAUAUCACCCAAGAAGGAGGAAGAGUCCACUGCUCCACCAUCUACAAAGCCACAGGCACUUCCUGCUCUAGAGGUGGAGCCUUUCAAGCCAAAGAUGAGAACUUCCACUUCUGGCAGUGGUGGUGAUUUGCUUCCUCUGGAAAAUGGAGAGGUGACCCAGCAGGAUGCUCCUGGUGACUCUGGAGAUGGAUCAGUCAUUGAACAGGCUGCUUUUGAUGCUUUGGUGUCCAGGGAGGCUGCCAAGAAGGCCACAAAGAAAGCCUCUACCAAGGAAGACUUUGUCUAUGAUCCUGGCUUCCCAGGCGCUGAGUGGAAAGGCAGAUCCUAUGAAUCAUGGACUUCCAAGCACUACCAUGCUGCAAGAGAACUUGCGCGCAACCAAGGGCUUUCUGAUGACGAUGCAAAGGGCUGUGCCAGAGAGGCUAGGGCCAAAUCAGCAGAGACCUGGAAGGCAACUUUUAAGCAGUGA